GAAUCCCUUUACGCACAUAGCUCGCCAGGUUUUUUCCCAACACCAAUCCACUCUUCCCCUCCUUUUUCUCUCCACUCCCCUCUGCUGUCCCCACCCCAGAUUCCCGUGCAAUUUUCCCCAAUCCCAAACACUUAAUUGAGCAAUUGGGAUUCCUCACGUGUGGGCUGAUUUGUAGUUUGAACACGUGGCUCAUUCAAAAAAGCCGGAAUAGCGGAGGAUUUUUUUUUCACCCCCUUCUUCUUCUUCUUCUUAUUCUAGGCUCUAGACUUAGAGGCGGGCGCCAGCCUUACCGUGUGUGUGACAUUCUCUGUCUCUUUGCCAAGGGGUUUGGGGGAAGACACAAAGUAGUUUCUCCUCCUUUUCACCCAGCCCGCCAUCGUUUGGAGACACGAGAUUAAUAAUUGAGCAUUUAUUUAUUGCGCGAUAGAGACAGAGGGGCGAGGGAGAGCAAACGCACUGUGAGGCUGCCAGUUUAAAUCUAUCUGUGGCUUGAACGACCGGGAAGCACGCCACAGCCACUCCGUAGUAGUAAAGGCGAUUUAGGCUACUCCAAACACUGCACAUCCGUGAGAGCAAAUAACUAUCUCUCCCUCAGCGUAAAGAUUGUCCCUUUUCGGCGCAGAACAUGAAUAAGCUAUACAUUGGCAACGUGAGCGCUGAGGCGAGCGAGGAGGACUUCGAAACUAUCUUUGAGCAGUGGAAGAUUCCGCACAGUGGUCCGUUUCUUGUCAAAACCGGCUAUGCAUUUGUGGAUUGCCCGGACGACAAAGCUGCAAUGAAGGCCAUCGAUAUGCUUUCAGGUAAAGUUGAACUUCAUGGGAAAGUUCUCGAAGUGGAGUACUCGGUCCCUAAACGUCAAAGGAGCUGUAAGCUGCAGAUCAGGAACAUCCCGCCUCACAUGCAGUGGGAGGUUUUGGAUGGUAUGCUUGCUCAGUAUGGUGCAGUAGAGAGCUGUGAACAAGUAAACACUGACACAGAGACUGCAGUAGUCAACGUUCGAUAUGCAGCCAAGGACCAGGCCAGGCUGGCGAUGGAGAAGCUCAACGGAUCUAUGAUGGAAAACUAUGCCUUGAAAGUGUCGUAUAUCCCAGAUGAGACGGCUGCUCCAGAGGGCCCUUCAGCAGGGGGCAGGAGAGGCUUUAAUGCCCGCGGACCCCCUCGUUCCAGCUCUCCAGGUCUGGGCGCCCGGCCCAAAUUGCCAGACGUCCCGCUGCGCAUUCUGGUUCCCACGCAGUUUGUAGGGGCAAUUAUCGGCAAGGGAGGCACCACUAUCCGCAACAUCACCAAACAGACUCACUCAAAGAUUGACAUCCAUAGGAAAGAAAACGCAGGCGCAGCAGAGAAGCCCAUCACGAUUCACUCCACCCCUGAAGGCUGUUCGAGUGCUUGUACAACUAUCAUGGAGAUCAUGCAGAAGGAAGCCCUCGACACAAAGUUUACGGAGGAGAUCCCACUGAAGAUACUUGCACACAACAACUUUAUAGGAAGGUUAAUUGGUAAAGAAGGAGGCAAUCUGAAGAAAAUCGAGCAGGACACGGGGACCAAGAUCACAAUCUCAGCUCUCCAGGACUUGACAGUGUACAACCCAGAGCGGACCAUCACAGUGAAGGGCUGCCCCGAGGCACUCGCAAAAGCGGAGGUGGAGGUGAUGAAGAAGGUCAGGGAGUCCUACGAGAGUGACAUGGCUGCUAUGAACCUCCAGUCCAACCUGAUUCCAGGCUUGAAUCUGAACGCUUUGGGUUUGUUCCCCAGUGGAGCAGCAGGCAUGGGUCCCCCCUUGUCUAGUGUCCCACCUCCUGGAGCCUAUGGUGGAUGCUCACCAUUUGGACAGGGACACCCAGAGUCGGAGACGGUUCACCUGUUCAUCCCUGCGCUUGCGGUGGGAGCCAUCAUCGGAAAACAGGGUCAACACAUCAAACAGCUGUCACACUUUGCCGGAGCUUCAAUCAAGAUUGCCCCUCCAGAAGGAAUGGAUUCCAAAGUGAGGAUGGUCAUCAUCAUUGGACCGCCAGAGGCUCAGUUUAAGGCUCAGUGUCGCAUCUUUAGCAAGCUGAAGGAAGAGAAUUUCUUUGGACCUAAGGAAGAGGUGAAGCUGGAGGCUCACAUCAAGGUUCCCUCCUGUGCUGCUGGACGAGUCAUCGGAAAGGGUGGAAAAACGGUAAAUGAGCUGCAGAACCUGACCUGUGCAGAGGUGGUGGUGCCACGGGACCAGACACCUGAUGAGAAUGACCAGGUUAUAGUGAAGAUCAGCGGACACUUCUUCGCGUGCCAGCUGGCCCAGAGAAAGAUUCAGGAGAUCCUGGCCCAGGUGAGGAGGCAGCAGCAGCCGAAGCCCGGAUCCGGAUCCGGAUCUCAAACUCCACAGCCCCGCAGGAAGUAAAGCUCCAGCGGACCUGGAGGAAUGGUGACUGAAUCUGCCAGAAGACUCGACAGAUGCACAGAUGCAGCAGAGUCCAGGGGGAGACGAAGAAGACACGGGGUCACAAUGCUCAUCUCAGGGGUCAAAGGUUAUGAGAACCCAACCAAACAUCACCCCUUCUUGUCUUACUUGAUGAACUUUCAAGUGUGGCUAUUAAAGAGACCCCACGCCUCCAAACCUCCACCCUCCUCACCUCUCUGCAUCUCUGUGAGAAUGUACUUCUGAGGGCUCCCAACUACGUCACCUGCCCUCACGUGUACGCACCCCUUGACCGCUCUCCUCCUCCCCCUCCUCCCCCUCCCCCCACGGGUGUGUUAAAUUUUUUUUUUUUUGUCCUCUUUUUACACUAGAAACACAAAGAAGAAAUAAGGAUCCCCCUCCUAUCACUUCCUUGGUGUGGUACUUCAAACCUGACAAGAUGUUUUGGUUGACUUCAGAUUUAGUUUUUUUUUUUUCUUUCUUUUAAGCGUUUAAUUGGUUGAUGAAGCUUUCUCAUGAGUUUUCUGUGGAAAGGAAAAGGCAUUGCUAUCAAGGUCCUGGUUGGACCGACAGAGAGGUUUAUUUUGGGGGAGGGUUGGCUCAGAUUGGGUGGGCCAUGUUUAGGGGAAAGAUUCUUGUUUCAGGACAGGACCCCUGAAAGGGUGGAUUAUAUUGGGUGUCCUGCUCUUGUAAUGAUAGUGGCAUUUUAUAAAUUUGGAUGCAUUUUAUAGAUAGACCUAUAUACAUAGAUGAAUAUAUAUUUAGAGGUGAGGGCAGCGCCACGACUGACACUAAGGGAAACGGUGCCGAACUGCUGCUGCCCAGGAAAACCAAUUUAAUAUGCAUUUUACUUAACUACCUCAGGAUCUAGUACCUCAGAAGAGAAAAGAAAAUGAUUAUAUAUAUAUGAAAAAUGUUCCUUUCUUUUUUAUUUUGCUUUUGUGGUAUUUUGUAUACUUUAUAAAGCUGAUAGUCUUUGAACAUUUUUAUUUUUUUAAGAAAAUUUAAAAUUUGGUCAGCUGCCAACUGACCUUGCCUUCAACUCUGGUGCUUUAGGUGGCAUUGUUCAUGUGUAUGUGUGACUUAAGAUGACCCUGUACAUAAAGUCUAUUUGUACAUAGCAGCCCCGGAGCAAGAGUUGGCGCCCCCUCAGCUGGCGGCUGACAGGAGUAUCGAGAGAAAAUCGCCUCAGUUUUUCCCCUGAGGGUCCACCAUCUUCUGAAAAAAAAGUACAAAACAACUAAGACAUGCAAAUAAUGCCAACCGUAUAAUUGCAGCAAUGCCAUUUAGUUUUGGGAUUGACAUUGUUUCUGGUAGUGGUACUUUAAUUUGUCAAAAAAUAUCCUUUUGCCUUCCUAAGAGGGCUGUGGUCAGGGCAGUGCAGUGCGGACUGUGAUGGUCCUCCCUCUAGCUGCCCUACAGUCAGCAGAGCGUCUGUUUUGUCUGUUCUGUUCCCAGGCCAUCAGCCACCUUCUUGACGAUGGUGUCUUAGCAAGGUCCAAGCCCGACUAGGUUUAUUUUCAUAGAGCAAGCUUUGUCAGUUCGGAGUGGUCCUUGUAGCCAGACCAUCAAGUCAAUGUCAACGUCGUUCACUGCAUGGUGAGGGUAGGGGGAGUCACACUGAUAGACGCAUACAUUUUUUUUUUUUUUUUGCGCUAUAGGAAAAUGAUAUAAAGAAGACAUUCUCUGUAACCCACGAACGCAACUUGAUGUUUCAAUUUGUUGUUCAAACAGGGAAAAACAAGCCAGAAAAGGCACACGGAAUACUGAAUGAGCCCUGACUUGGGGGGGUAAGAAAAGAGGAAAGGAAUCCAAAACUUAAAUAUACAAUUUAUUUCAUUUGUCUCUUCAUGCCGAAUGUAAAUAUAUUGAUUGUGCUCGAGUGUAUCCAUGCUUCCACAGUAGAACGCCGUCUACCUCAGCUGAGGGGGUGGGGGGUUGUUGUGGCACGAGGCACCCCACCCUGCCCCCACUGAGCGCCAGCGCGCACUGAUACCUCAGUCCCCCGAACACUUCUUUCUACAUGGGCGCGCCAUCCUACCACCACGCUUAACUGAGGGGCACAAGUGAUACUUAAAAAUAUCCCCGACACCUCCCAAUCCCCUGCUUCCUUCCUGCCAAACCACCCUCCCAAUCCCUUUCCCCUCCUCUGCAGUUUGUUUUGAUCUACCUCUUUAGACACGUAUUUGAAGUAGAGGCAUUCUUCUAUUUGUUAGAAUUUAGCCCCCCCCCACCCCCUCCUUUAUGCCUUCCC